CUAACGCCGUUCACUUUUCACUUUUCAGUUUUCACUUUCCAACCAACCAGAAGAAGAAGAAGAUAAACUCUCUGAAAUUCUAAAAAUCGAAAUUUCCAAGUGAAGAGUUGGUGGCGUGGUUCCGAGAUCCGACGUCAUCAUAGAUGGAGAAGGCAUUGAGUUGGGAGAUAGAUGACUUCUCCAAGGGGAAAAAUUGGAUAAAGUCUGAUAACUUCUCAAGUGGUGGCUGCGAAUGGUAUGCUAAGGUGUAUCCCAAGGGAUCCUGUUGCUCUGAUCACUUGUCUCUGUUCCUUUACGUUGUGAAUCCUAAUUCAUUGAGACCUGGAUGGAAAAGGAGAGCUAUUUGUAGCUUCUUUUUGUUGAAUCAAUCCGGCCAAAUUCUAUUCAGAUCACCAGAAGAAAGCAAAUGCCGUUUGUUCUGCGCUGAGGUCCCAAGCUGGGGUUUCCCGAAGGCGUUGCCUCUUACCAAGCUAGGGUUCCUGGAAAAGGACAAACUAACCGUUGAAGUCUACAUCAAAGUAGUUGAAGUUGUUCAUCAAGGAAAAUCAACUGAGAAUGAUAUAAUAGAUUUCCAUGGUUUCCAGAUCUCUGCUUGUCAAGUUUUCCCAGUGGCCAAUACUGUCUUUCAGGACCCACACUAUGUAAUAGAUUUCAAACCUGAGAACCAAUGGGUCCAAACAAAGUACAUGUAUCUCCUUGGCCUCGUCGAGACACUGAGCAAGCCUCCACAGAGCUUGUCUGCGACAGAACUAAGCAAUGCUCAAAGAGAUUUGACUGCGCUGAAGGAGUCACGCUUCAAGAUUGACUGGUUAAAUUCAAAGCUCGAGGAGGUUUCCUUGGAGUGGAAGAAAGCAGCACAUUCUUCUGAUGGAUCUUCUGGGAUCCAUCAACUAGAGGAACGGGUCGAGAAUGUGGAAUUGUCUUUGUCAGAUGUCAUAGUUGAACUAGAAAAGGUGAAGAUUAAAUCUGCUGGUGCUCAAGUUUCUUCGUUUCAGUCUAUAGAUUUUCUUAUAAAGAGAUUCUUUCUCUCUUGCUUCUCAUUCUCAAAAUCCUAACUGAUGUAGCUCUUAUAGACAGAGCUUUGAGGAGUUCUCAUCCAAACCAAAAAAAAAAAAUCGUUUAAUGUUCUCUGUUUCAGUUCUUAUCAAGCUAAGUUUGAUUUCGUAUUC